CCUGAAAGAUAGUUAUUUCGAGGUUCCUAUGGCUUUCAACUGCCCGCAAAAGCAAACAACCCCAGCCCGCAAAGUUGUCUCGCCAGUUUGAAGGCGUUCUCUUGGCCCUGGAUGCAACGUGCCUGACUUCCUUCGGGAAGGGUUCUUGGGAUUGGUUCACGGGUUGCAAUGUUGAUUGUCCCAGGGCAGUGAUCGCGAAGGAGGAGAAACGGCGGACAACCAAGCCAUCUCUUGGGGUCUUCGUUUCAAAUCGCCUUUUCAUGUCCAUCAACAAGUCUAUCAGAGACUUUAAGUGUUGAGAUCCCACGUGGCAUUCCCUCUGCACUUAUUCCCCUUUCCUUACAACAAUUUCAAUUCAGCCAUCGCCUUAUCCCCAGCAAAAGAACAAUGGCCGAAGAUUUCUCGAAAGACGAGAAGGUUGAGGUAUCUGCUGAUGUUGAGAGUUCAAUCCAUCAUAAAGCCGCCGAGACAACUUCGGAUGGCACGUACAUUGUCGACACUAAGCUGCAGGACGGAAAUACGGACGCGAGUAGCUCUGAGGUUAAAGAGGUACGAACUACCAAGGACGGCAAGACAGCUCUCAUUCCUCAACCUUCAGAUGAUCCUGCCGAUCCGUUGAACUGGCCAUGGGGCAAGAAGCACCAGGUCCUUGUUGCGCUUACCUUCAGUGCCUUGUUAACAGAUUGGGGCAUGACGUGGGGCACCACCCUUUUUGAGGCACAAGCAGAAACUUGGGGCAUGUCAAUUGUUGAUAUCUCCAACUCGCUCAGUGGUGGCAUUUUCUUACAAGGUCCCGGAGGUGUCUUGGCUGUACCACUUGUUCAACGAUACGGCCGAUUGCCGGUUCUCUUUUGGUCCCAGGUUCUCUCCUGCAUUGUUGUCAUCGGAGCAUCUCAAGCACCAACCUACGCUGGAUUCACAGCAUGUCGAACCCUCCAGGGCUUCUUCAACACUGCCCCUCAAGUCAUCGGCCUCACCAUAAUCCAUGACAUGUUCUUCUUCCACGAGCGAACUCGUAAAAUCAACUUCUGGGCAUUCAGUUUCUUGGUUGGACCUUACCUGGGCCCUUUCAUUGCUGGUUUCCUCAUUCAAAAGAUCAACUGGCGUCAAGAUUUUGGAGUCUUGGCGGCAUUCCAUGCCUUUGCUGUCAUACUGAUUGUUCUUUUUGGCGAUGAAACUCUUUACGAUCGAGAUCAUCCAGAGAACAACGUGAAGGUCGACGGAAUUGUGGGAAAGAUUAAGCUCCUCACUGGAAUUGUUGGUCUCCGCGCCACAGGUCGGCCAACUCUCAAGACCGUUUUCAAAGAUCUCAUUGCAAUCUCAUACCUUCCCUACCUGAUUCUUCCUUGUUCUAUCUUCCUUCUCGUUGUCUACCUGUGGGCAAUUGGCAUUACAACUUCAGUAACCCAAUUCAUCAAGCCACCUCCAUAUCUCUUUAGCGACACGGCCGCCGCACUCCUCUUCUUGGCCCCCAUGAUCGGCGUUCUUUGCGCAGAAGCCUGGGGCCAUUUCUUCAACGAUUGGCUCUGCAAUAACUAUAUCAAGAAGCACAACGGCGUCUACAAACCAGAGAACAGACUUUUCGGUUGCUGGCCGGCUGUUGUUUUCUCUGUGUGUUCCCUUGUACUAUACGGACAGACUCUGCAACACUCGCUUUCAUGGGCAGGCAUUGCUGUUGGGUGGGGAAUGAACAGUUUUGCUAUGCUUGCUGCCACGACGGCGAUUUCUGCUUAUGUGCUUGAUUGUUUCCCUGGCCAUGCUGCUUUGGCUUCUUCUUGGGUUAAUUUUUGGCGAGUUGUCGGCGGUUUUGUGAUCACUUAUUUCAACAUGAAGUGGGUUGUCCACAGUGGAGCAGCUAUUGCUUUUGGUUGUCAAGGCGCUAUUGUCUUCGCUGCUUUUGGCUCGAUCAUUGUGGUGCAGCUUUAUGGCCACAAAUGGAGAGUCAUAUAUCCGGCUCCCGCUGCUGAGAACUGAGUGAGCCUGGAAUAUGACAUGGGACCCAUUUGCUAGGAGGAACUUCUAAUCUUCAGAGUCAUCCUGGGCCUCGAGUUGGGAGAUCAGAACGGACGGAUAACUCGAACACAGAAAGGGGAAUGUUAUGUCACUACCGAAAAUUGACUUCUUGAAGCACCACUUUUGUUUUAAUCUUAACUUUUAAACCUAAC